UGCACUACCUGAGCCACUUGUGUGGGUUGUAGACUCCGUCUCAUGCUACCACUAGAGUGAGAGCACCGCCAGCAUUCAAAAGUGACCAAAACAUCAGCCAGGAAGCAUAGGAACUGAGAAGUGGUCUGUGGUCCCCACCUGCAGAAUCACUCCUUUAUUGGGGGUGUCUUGCUAAUUGCCUAUAAUUUCCACCUUUUGUCUAUUCCAUUUGCACAACAGCAUGUGAAAUUUAUUGUCAAUCAGUGUUGCUUCUGUAACGGAUGUGAAAUGGCUAGCUAGUUAGCGGGUAAGCGCUAGUAGCGUUUCAAUCAGUUACGUCACUUGCUCUGAAACCUAGAUGUAGUGUUGCCCCUUGCUCUGCAAGGGCCGUGGCCUUUGUGGAGCGAUGGGUAACGAUGCUUCGUGGGCGACCGUUGUUGAUGUGUGCAGAGGGUCCGUGGUUCGCGCCCGUGUCGGGGCGAGGGGACGGUUUAAAGUUAUACUGUUACAUUGAUGCUGUUGACCCGGAUCACUGGUUGCUGCGGAAAAGGAGGAGGUUGAAAGGGGGGUGAGUGUAACGGAUGUGAAAUGGCUAGCUAGUUAGCGGGCACGCGCUAGUAGCGUUUCAAUCAGUUACGUCACUUGCUCUGAAACCUAGAUGUAGUGUUGCCCCUUGCUCUGCAAGGGCCGCGGCCUUUGUGGAGCGAUGGGUAACGAUGCUUCGUGGGUGACCGUUGUUGAUGUGUGCAGAGGGUCCCUGGUUCGCGCCCGUGUCGGGGCGAGGGGACGUACUGAAGUUAUACUGUUACACUUCCUAAGUGGACAGUUUGAUUUCACAGAAGUGUGAUUGACUUGGAGUUACAUUGUGUUGUUUAAGUGUUCCUUUUAUUUUUUUGAGCAGUGUAUAUAUAUAUAACCUUGUUCCAGAUUGUAGAAUUUGUAUAACCCCAAUUCAUUGUGAAGGGGAUGCAGGGUAAUAUGUGUGUGUGUGUGUGUGUAUAUGUUACAUCAUUAUGAAUUUUUUGUUAUUCGGGAACAUUGAUAAAAGUUAACGAAUGUGUUAUUGUGAAUUUAUUACACAUCUAUUGUCACGUUCUGACCUUAGUUCUUUUGUAUUUUCUUUGUUUUAGUAUGGUCAGGGCGUGAGUUGGGUGGGUUAUCUAUGUUUUGUGUUUCUAUGUGGGGUUUUUCGUUUGGCCUGAUAUGGUUCUCAAUCAGAGGCAGGUGUUAGUCAUUGUCUCUGAUUGGGAACCAUAUUUAGGUAGCCUGUUUUCUGUUGUGUUUUGUGGGUGGUUGUCUUCCGUGUCUGUGUGUUUCACGUUACGGGACUGUUUCGGUUUUCAUUUUGUUUCACUUUGUUAGUUUUGUAUUUUGUCGUAUUCAUUCUCAUUAAAAUACAUUAUGGAUACGUACCACGGUGCGCAUUGGUCCGACAUUUCUUACUCCUCGUCAGAUGAGGACGAAUUCCGUUACAUCUAUACAUUCAUAAUGUGUUGCCAGUUCCAUAUUUGGAAAUGAAACAAUAAGUAGCUGAUUGAUGCAUGUCACCAUCCUCUCCAAAACAAUAUUAGAGCAAACACUGCGACAGUGUAAAGAAUAAAGAAUGAUGACAUGUUUCUCCUUUGUCCGCAACUUAUUUUCAGAACUGAACCAAUCGAGGUCGUGUAACUUGUUUUUUUCCUGCAUCAGCCCGAAUAACGGAAAAGAUGUAGAUGAAAGAGGCAUGCGCAAUGUAAAGUGAACCUUUUAGAGACGCCAUUGCGUUUGUGAGAUUGUAGUUAGAAUAUUUCUCUUCACCGAUGGAAACCCAAUAAAGCAAAUAGGUGAUCGAACUCCAAGCCCCAGGAACCUUUCUCCUGUUUUUUUUCUGUCAGAAUAGGGGGAGAAGUCACAGCUGGGACGAUAAUAAAAUGCACAUGAAUUUACUAUCUGGCAACAACGAAUAGACUACAAGAGAAAGUUUCAAAAAGCGGAGAACUCGGUAAUGUGAGUCUUAGCGCGCGUUUAAACAUUUGUACAAAUGCAUGUGGUUACAUUGUUGCGCAUUUGUAUGAUUUAACGAUAAGGCAACUUGAAUCUUCGUUUUCUUCGAUUGUUGGAGUUUUUGGAGAAGUUUUUGCUGUCCACUGUCCAUGCAUCCAAUGUUGCCUUUUUCAGAAGGUGAAGAUAAUGUUUUCUGUGGUCAGGGCAGAUUUCUGACUCCAGUACUGUGAGGGGACACCAUUCAAGAACAUGACGUUUGGAAUGGUGACCGCCUCUUGCAGUGAGCGUUGGGGAAUCGAUCUACCACGUCCAGAGCAUCCACAGUGCAUACUGCACACAUCUCUUGCCUUGAAGAGUGAGCGGAGGCCAUUUAGAGCAAUCAAUAGGCUUUGCCCAUGAAUUGAUUGCCAGGUAUCGGUCUGAGAAGUCAAUGGGGAGGAAAGUUUGACUAUUGCUGUUGACUAACACUGCUCAUGAUACUUUGAAGACCUUGCAUUUCAUGUCUCCUAGAAUGAGUAUUGAGUGUUUCUUCAACGUAGUGUCUGUGCUUAGUGUUUCAGUGGUGCCUCAUUUAACAAGGCAUCACUGACAGUUCCAUUACUUUACAUUUUGCAUCAUCAUCUCUGCCAUUGGAAGAAACCCAAUGUCUGCCUGCAGCAGCUCAGCUCCUCCGUCCUUUCCUAAAGCCUACCUCCACUCACAACUCCCAGUCCUGCCUCCGACCCCCUCACCAUCGCCAAGCCCCCCAGCACCCCUCUACAGCCGCCUGUCCAACGGGAGUUACAGAAGUCACACUCACAGCGCUCCCAGCCCAACCAACUCCCGCAGCUCUUUCCAUGGAGUGUCCUUUCUCCUCCAGAUUGGCCUGACCAGAGAGAUGGUGAACCUGGAGAACCAUGACCUGUCGCUGUCUGCUGUCAAAGACCUGGUCUGCUCUAUAGUCGACCAAAAGUUCCCGGAGUGUGGCUUCUUUGGCAUGUAUGACAAGAUCCUGCUCUUCCGCCAUGAUCUGACCUCUGAGAACAUCCUCCAGAGGCUGACGUCAGCAGAAGAUAUACAUGAGGGAGAUCUGAUAGAGGUGGUGCUCUCUGCUUUAGCCACAGUAGAGGACUUCCAGAUCCGGCCCCAUGCCCUCUAUGUCCACUCAUACAAAGCCCCCACCUUCUGUGACUACUGUGGGGAGAUGCUAUGGGGACUCGUCCGGCAGGGGCUCAAAUGUGAAGGUUGUGGGCUGAACUACCACAAGCGCUGCGCCUUUAAGAUCCCCAACAACUGCAGUGGGGUGAGGAAGAGACGUCUGUCCAAUGUGUCCCUGCCGGGCCCUUCGCUCUCAGUCCCCCGGCCCCUCCCCGGUCCCACUGAACAUGCGGUGGUAGUCCCGGAGGAGCGCUGCCACCAGGAGGCAGGGAAGAGGAUCCUGUCGUGGAGUGGCCGGCCCAUCUGGAUGGAGAAGAUGGUGCUGGGGCGAGUCAAAGUGCCUCACACCUUCGCCAUCCACACCUACACGCGGCCAACCAUCUGCCAGUACUGCAAACGCCUGCUCAAGGGCCUCUUCCGCCAGGGCAUGCAGUGCAAAGAUUGUAAAUUCAAUUGCCAUAAGCGGUGUGCAUCAAAGGUACCAAGAGACUGCUUGGGCGAGGUUUCCUUCAAUGGAGAGCCUGCCAGCCCAGGGCCUGACUCUGACAGUACCAUGGAGGUGGACAGUAGUGAUGUGGAGAGCACUAGAGGACUACUGGAUGACUCUGACGAACCUUCAACCCCAGACGACAAGAUGUUCUAUAUGGACUCUCCUUUUCUGGACCGCGAGAAGGACGAGGAGACCAUCAAGACCAUCAGCCCAUCCACCAGCAGCAACAUCCCUCUGAUGCGGGUGGUCCAGUCCAUCAAACAGACCAAGAGGAGGAGCUCCACCAUGGUGAGGGAGGGCUGGAUGGUCCACUACACCAGCAGAGACAACCUGAGGAAGAGACACUACUGGAGGUUGGACACCAAGAGCCUCAGCCUGUUUCAGAACGACACUGGAGCCAAGUUCUAUAAGGAGAUCCCUCUCUCAGAGAUCCUGCAGGUGGAACAGUCAAGCGACUUCAGCAGCCUAGCCCAGAGCAGCAACCCACACUGCUUUGAAAUCAUCACCUCCACCAUGGUCUACUAUGUAGGGGAGAACCACGGGGUCCACUACAACAGCCCCACUUUGGCAGCUUCAGGCGUGGGCAUGGAGGUGGCCCAGGGCUGGGAGAAGGCCAUCCGGCAGGCCCUGAUGCCUGCCACGCCCCAGCCCAGUGUGGCCACCGCAGCCGGGCAGGGCAAGGACCACAAACAGGAGUUGUCUGUCAGCAUAUCUGUGUCGAACUGCCAGAUAAAGGAGAAUGUGGACAUCAGCUCGGUGUACCAGAUCUUCUCUGACGAGGUUCUAGGAUCUGGUCAGUUUGGGAUUGUGUAUGGAGGGAAACACAGAAAGACUGGAAGAGAUGUUGCCAUCAAGGUGAUUGACAAAAUGAGGUUCCCUACCAAGCAGGAGAGCCAACUGAGGAAUGAAGUGGCCAUUCUCCAGAACCUUCACCAUCCUGGCAUCGUCAACCUGGAGUGUAUGUUCGAGACGCCAGAGAGAGUGUUUGUUGUCAUGGAGAAGCUCCAUGGAGACAUGUUGGAGAUGAUCCUGUCCAGUGAGAAGAGCAAGCUCCCAGAACGCAUCACCAAGUUCCUGGUCACACAGAUCCUGGUGGCUUUGAGACAUCUGCAUUUCAAGAACAUCGUCCACUGUGACCUGAAGCCUGAGAACGUGCUGCUGGCCUCAGCAGAACCCUUCCCUCAGGUUAAACUGUGUGACUUUGGCUUUGCCCGUAUCAUUGGUGAGAAGUCGUUCAGGCGUUCGGUGGUGGGUACCCCAGCCUACCUGGCCCCAGAGGUGCUGCGUAGUAAGGGCUACAACCGCUCCUUGGACAUGUGGUCAGUGGGGGUCAUCAUUUACGUCAGCCUUAGUGGCACCUUCCCCUUCAACGAGGACGAGGACAUUAACGACCAGAUCCAGAACGCUGCCUUCAUGUACCCACCCCAGCCAUGGAAGGAGAUCUCUGCAGAAGCUACAGAUCUCAUUAACAACCUCCUACAAGUGAAGAUGAGGAAGCGGUACAGUGUGGACAAGUCCCUCAGCCAUCCUUGGCUACAGGACUACCAGACAUGGCUGGACCUCAGGGAGUUUGAAACACGGCGUGGCGAGCGUUACAUCACUCACGAGAGUGAUGAUGUGCGUUGGGAGGAGCAUGCAGACGAGCACAGCCUGAUCCACCCAAAACACUUCAUCAUGGCACCCAACCUGGAUGAUAUGGAAGAAGACCCCUAGUGGCCUGGAGGACAUGUUACAGGCUACAGGUGUCGUCAAGAGGAAAUCCACAGGAACCUCUGCAGGUUAUGGACCUUUGGAAGCAUUCCCUUUAAAAAUGGUUGGGAAAGGAUCAGACACCCAUGUGCAGGGGCUGUGUGACAGGGAGACAUUCUGACCCAAGACUCUAUGGUUAGACACUGCCACAGGGAACAGACAGGUGGCACUGUGGAGGCGCCUGAUUCUCUUUGACACGGCAGUGUAACCAAAAACGUUGGGUGAAGGACUUUUUUACAUUACAUUUUUUGUUUUUUUAUGUUGUAGAAUCAUUCUAUGAUGAAGCUUAAUUUCAUUGCUCCUUUAAGGAAAUGCAUCUUUAUUGCAAGGCAAAUGACAAUUAAGAAAUACAAUUUCCUCAACAUAGGGAGUGAAAGUAAGGGUAUGCUAUUCUACCUGUGAAGGGCUUACAGAGUGAGCUUAAAAGGCACUUUUUACAAGGGAUUUGUAUCCACAGAAAGAUUGGAAUGCUUAGGUAUUUGCAAACAUAACUUUGUGCUUAUACCAAUAUUGUUUUGAAAGUCCUUUGACGGUAUGAAACUGGAACUCUCAUUUGUAUGUAUAUGUUAUAUUUUACUAAUGGGGGUACAUUUGUUGCACUAUACUACCAUCCACCCUAACAAUUUGAAGUUGAAAAGAUAGCGCUGCUACAUCAGGUUCCCUGGAGAAAACUACCAAAGGACAGAAAUGGUUAACUGCAUCACAACUUGACGUUUGUGGUAAGAGCUUGAUACAGUAAUUCCUACAGUAGGUGAGUAGUAUAAAGUUUGUGAAAAGGGCUGCAAUACAAAGCCUUUAGUAGAGCACCUAUCAAAUAAGCAAGUAAAUUUAAAAUCUGAGAGACAAAAGACUGCCUCCAACUCGUUGAUAUUAUUGAUGUUCCAUUUUCCUGUUUUUUCACAGUCCAUGACCAAUAACUAAUCGUUUUUUAUAAUGACAGUCAUCAUUGUGGCUCACUCUACUUCAUUGACUAAAUGGAUUUACUACGUACAUUCCAAGCCGGGUUGAAAGCAAAACUGGUGAAGGGACUACCACACCUUCAAGGUAUUACAGUAGCUGUCUACUGUAUGUGAAAGAGGCUUGGUUGAACCAAGGCCACUCCAGGUCCUUGUAUCAGAAUAUGCCAGCUGAACAGGAGGGACUGAGAAAUGGACUUACUACGGGGUUUAUCAUGAGGGGCCAAGCCUUCAUUACAAGGGCUCCAUCAUGCCAAUACCACGCAUGGGUGCAAGGUAUACAACAUUGUUCUAUCGGUUCAUUUGAAUUUGUGAAGCAAACAGAGAGAUGAGAAACACAUUUUACUCAUUGGUGAGUGUUUGGAAAGAAUAGCCUAUUGUGAGCAUCUUUUGUGUUUUUCAAUAAAAUGUCAAUUUUCCUUAUCUUCUACUUUCAUGGAGUUGAUCUUGAAUAUCACAGUGAAUACAGCCCUAAUUCUGGAAUAUGUCAGUGCAGUGCACUGUUGGUUUCUCAAUGAACAUUCCUGUACUGCUUUAUGUCUCCUCCAAGGUUACCAAAGUAUGUUUCACCCGUAAUUACAUUUUGAUUUGACGACCAUUAACUACAUUUCAACGCCUGUGCCCAUCUCAAUCAAUCCCUAUGCCCAGAGGAAGCUGUAGCCGAAAGCCUAUGGUGUUAGUGGGCUAUUAACUGGGAGCAUAUAUCCUGGUUCAGGCUCUACUGGUCGUUAUUCUGGGAGAAUGGAGGUGGAUCUAUUUGUAUUUUCCUGUUCUUGUCUGUGUUGCCGCUGGAUUGGCAGGUGUCAGUGUUUUGUAUAUUUUAGUACAUACACAUUUAAUAAAACUCUACUUCUUUA